GCCACCUCACCCUUCUUAAUACCCCUGGCUCCCCUACUCGAGCGGGCACUGUCUCACAGCGCUCCACGACACCCGACCUCUCUUUCUCUCGGGGCUCCCUUUCCUUUCACUGGCAGGUCACAGCUGAAACACUCCUCAGCGACCAUUUCCUCAUUCAUAUUACCGCUUCACUUUCCCACAUCCCUCGAUCGCACUCAACCACUCACACUGACUGGCACGCAUUUCGCACUAAUCUCCUUUCCGCCUCCUUUGAAUCUUACGAUGACUGGACGUCGCGCAUCUCCGCUGCGCUUUCGACCAGUAGCCGUCGCGUUCGCUCACGGCAUCCUAUCCCAGACCCGGAUCCUCACUUUCUCCGUUUAUGGCGUCGGAUGAAACGUCUCCAACGUUCUUUGCGCUCCCAACCCAAGAAUGCCCAACUUUCCUCUCGGAUUGCUGCUCUGCGGGCCGAGAUAGUCGCCCAUGGUACGUCCCUCGAGCAUUCUCGUUGGAGUGCGCUUUGUGACGGCCUCGAUUCUGCAUUACACUCGCGAUCCACGUGGUCCCUUUUUAAAUCUUUCUUAGGUACGAAGCCUGCACUUGCUCCCACUCUAGCAAAAGCCCUCACUCAGGGGACUCCCUCCGAGGUCUUUGACAAGCUCACUUCUUUGUAUCUCCCACCCCCUCUCACACCUUCCUACCCAGCCUACUCUGGCGAUCCUAACCCAGACCUCGACCGCCCUUUCACUCUCCGGGAGCUCGAAGCUGCCCUGGCUGCUAAUGCUUCUCGCUCGGCUCCCGGUGAGGAUACCAUCACAUACACUACACUCCGCAACCUCCCCGACCACUCCAAGGAAUUCCUCCUUCAGACUUUCAACAAUGCCUGGGACAGCGGCUGCUUGCCGAGCGCUUGGACAUCCUCUCUUAUUUCUAUGAUUCCGAAGCCGGGCAAACCUCCCUCCCUUUCUAACCUUCGCCCUAUCUCCUUGACGUCGUGUGUUGGCAAGACCCUUGAGCGAAUGGCUUUGACUCGCCUCUCUGAUCUUAUUGAAGCGAAAGAUUUCUUCCCCCGCUCUCUUAUCGGCUUUCGACGGCGCGUCUGUGCACAGGACAUGUUCCUGAUCCUCCAGCACACCUUUCUCUCACCCAAUCCCAGCCAGAUCCACGCUCUUGUGACUGUUGAUGUCCGCAAGGCCUUCGAUGGUGUGUGCCACGACCAUAUCCUGUCUCAGAUCUCCUCCCUAGACUGCGGACACCGCAUGUACUGUUAUCUCCGCUCCUUUCUCUCUAACCGAGUGGCUCGUUUCCGAGUGGACACACAUCUGUCCGAUCCCCACCCGCUCACCCGUGGCACUCCUCAAGGUGCUGUUCUCUCUCCUAUCCUUUUUAAUCUUGCUAUGACCCCUCUCGCCUCCCAACUAGCCCAGAUUCCUGACCUCCACCACAUCUUUUAUGCCGACGACAUCACCCUCUGGUGUUCGUCUGGUUCUCCCGGUCACGUACAGGACACCCUGCAACGUGGCCUCGAUCUCAUCAACUCCUUUCUCCCCACUGCUGGCUUGUCACCUGCUCCGGAGAAAUCCGAGCUUCUCCUUCUUAACUACUCCUCAUACCAGCGCUCCCACAACGCCCUAAUCUCUCUACAUCUUUCCGGCUCUCCCAUUCCUGUUGUCCCCCAAUGCAAAGUUCUUGGCUUCCCGUUACAUGCAGCCAAGAAUGUGCAAGCCCUACACCACGCGGUCAGGACUUGUCACUCGGUAACUCACCUCCUGCGGCGCGUGGUCACUCGGCGCUCGGGCCUCCACGAGGCUCAUGCGUGCCGAGUUGCCCAUGCGCUCGCCCUCAACAAGUUCCUGUACUUUGUGCCUUACGUUUCCUUCACCCACACUCAGCUUAACACCCUCGAAACCGCCCUUGUUGGCCUCUACAAGGCAGCUCUCAACCUCCCUAUCACCACCUCCACUGCUAAGCUCUUUGCCACAGGCCUCUUCCAUCCUCUUCGUUCUCUUCUCUCUCUCCACCGUGACUCCCAGCUUGCCCGGCUUUCUCUUACCCGUCAGGGUCAGUGGUUACUGGCCCAGGCGGGUAUCUCUCCCAUUCCCGUUUCCUCCUUUACCUCUCCAAAAUCCACCCCGGCGCCCAAUCUUCGCAUUCUCCCCCUCCCGUCUAAUAUGUCCCCUGUCCUGCAUGCCGGCCGUCGUCACGCGGCCGCGCAGCAUCAUUCCCCCCUCUUUACUACCCAGGGAGUAGCCUACACGGAUGCCUCUUUCAUAGCCCCUCGAGGUUCCUGUGGCUACGCUAUCUACCAUCCCCACCUCCCAGCACCUGAAACUCACACGAGUGGGCCGUACCUACACCCUCCGGAUGCACUCUCUCUCGAGGUCCUUGCCAUUGCACAUGCCCUACAAUCAUUUCCCUCCCUGCCCUCGCUCCCAGAGUACACGAUAUACACCGACUCCCAAGCCGCCAUUCGCCACAUACAGAACCGCACCCUACCCCAUUCACUCCAACAAGAGGUCGAACGAGCGGUCUCCGCACUGCAACCUUCCACCGUUUUCCUCCGCUGGGUCCCUGGGCAUUCGGGGAUUGACGGCAAUGAGCUGGCCCAUCAGCUCGCCCGUGAUGUUUUUAACCGGGCACCGUUGAUCCCCUGGUCGGGGCCCUCGCAGGAUUCUGGGGGACUCUCCCUGCGCCGCACUAUCAAGGAAGUUUACCUCCAGCUCCGUCUCGACAAGCGCCUCUACCCUCCCCCUCAUCCAUCACUCACUGUGCCGGAGGCUCGCCUUCUGCGGCACAUCCAAAUGAAUGCACUGGUUACCCCUUCCCGCCUCUUUCUCUAUCGCUAUCGCUCCGACCCCUCCUGUCCCAACUGCCCGUCUACUUAUGCAGACCUAUCCCAUUGCCUAUUCUACUGUCCGACUGCUCAGCAAUCAAGUUCCUACCCUCCCCCUUCGCUUUCCAUCACCACCUGGCUCGACUGGCUUGGCGCUGAAGGUGAAGAAGAACAGCGUCGACUGGCCGCCCAGGCGGUCGAUAUGCUCGGCCUGUAAUUUUUGGCUGAAUAAAAGUCUUAUACUACUAC